CAGUCACUGCUAAGACGAAGCCCGGAGAGGAGUUGGUGUCUGAAGCAUCAGAGAGAAAAGGGCUAUAGUAUAUGAGCUGGACAACUGCCAAUUAGUCCUACGACCAAAAUGAGUAAGACAUUAAUAGCUGCGAUACUGACACACAGGUGAAAACUUGAGGUGAAGUGACAGUCAGUACGUUAGAUACAUUGAUUUACACAUAACAAGAAAUUGCGCAAAACAAGUGUGAAGACGAAGGUAAAGCAGUGCAGAUUAACAGUUAGUUACUACUAUUCAGUAAACGGUGCUCAGAGAAGAACUGCGCCUAGGACGUCGUAGACUCGGCUGGGGAAAGAAAGGAAGAUGUCCAGAAAAAAGGCGGUGAAGGGGAAAAGUAACAGCAGUCCGACAGCAUGUAGCCCGAAGAGCACAGGUAAGGGGAAGACGAGCAAGGCGCUGAGCUGCGGAGCGGAGAGUCCUUCCAACGGGGUUGUCCGGCCCAGCAGACCGUCCCUGAGCAACAGCAGCGAGUUCUACGACAUGGCUUUCAAGGUGAUGCUGGUUGGGGACUCUGGUGUAGGCAAAACCUGCCUUCUUGUCCGCUUCAAGGAUGGGGCCUUCCUGGCUGGAAGCUUCAUCUCCACUGUGGGGAUCGACUUCAGGAACAAAGUUUUGAACAUUGAUGGCGUAAAGGUGAAGCUACAGAUCUGGGACACAGCUGGACAGGAGCGUUUUCGCAGUGUCACGCACGCCUAUUACCGGGAUGCGCAUGCUCUCUUGCUGCUGUAUGACGUCACUAACAAGACCUCAUUUGACAACAUACAGGCCUGGCUGACAGAGAUCCAUGAGUACACCCAGCAAGACGUGGUGCUGAUGCUGCUGGGAAACAAGGCUGAUGCUACACAUGAGAGGGUGGUGAAACGGGAGGAGGGCGAGAAGCUGGCCAAGGACUUUGGGGUACCCUUCAUGGAGACCAGUGCCAAGUCCGGCCUCAACGUGGAGCUGGCUUUCACCGCUGUGGCCAAGGAGCUGAAGCACCGGUCCAUGAAGGCUCCCAACGAGCCCAAGUUCAAGCUGCAGGAUUACGUCAACAAGGAAAUGAAGACUUCGGGAUGCUGCAGCUCCUAGACCCGUGUUUAUGUGUGCGUGCCCAUGUAAAUUCGGCAAGAGCCUCUCCAACAUGGCCUUGCUGUCCAUACGUGUUGUGUACCCUUUCCAUGCGCAGUAACGAAAAAGAGAUCCUCUUCCUUCCUCGAUGACAGACUGACCCACCUGCCUGUGCAGCUGUGAAUGUAAACCCCCGCUUCUGGCCUGUAUACACCCCACAGUCACCACAGUUACCGGAUUGCUGCAGAGGCGAACACAUACUGAAAGGCGAGUAUCCCAUGUUACAUUGUCCCCAACUAUAUCCAGCUGCCCCUUCGUGAAGUACCGCAGUGUGUAACCCCAGAGAGCACUGCCGCACACAGAGGUACUGACAAGACAGACACGGUUGGUUUUGACUUUUCAAGGCAAGUGUGAGAAAUGGUUCCCUGUUGCGUCAGUUCCCUUUUCAAAGUAAGUUGGUUUUUGUGCAAUAUACUGUAUGUAGGAUUGUAUAUAUUGUAUAUAGUCCAUCUCUUGUCGGUAACAAAUUCUUUGUUGCCAUUUCGCUUACAAUCAUUCUCUUUUCUGGUCCUAUUUAGGGGCAGAGCGCAGUCACUCGUGUUCAAACAUUAAAUACUGUGCGGCUGUGGUUUGGCCUUAGCAUAGUACAAAGACAGAGGGAUAACUUUUGCGUUUUUUAUUUUGCCAUUUAUUCUGGAAAGUGAGAUAUAUGAAAAAUGUAUAGGUAAAAGAAUAAUACUCCUGCCGGAAAGGGGCUGCCAUAGCCGGCCUAUUUUUGAGAGAGCACCGCUUAGCGAACUAAAUGUUUCUCCUCACUUGUGCACGACACCAGGCCCUUUAUCCCCUCAUGGAAUUUCUCUUUGUUAAAGGGCGCAGAUUCCCAAAAGUAGGGCUACUCGGCUAUGGUCCAGGUACCGAGUCCAGCAGGUUUUCCAGAUCUCCUAACCCCACUAAGAGCUGAGAAGAGAACUUAAAAAUAGUUCAGUCAGAUGGAUUGCUGCCCACCUGGAACUAAACUCUCCUAGGGGAAGGUCUCCCACUCCUGGUCCUGUGGGUCACAGCAUCCUCGUAUUUAUAAGCAUUCUUUGAAAUCUCUGCACUAAGUGAGGGCUUUGUUUCAUUACAAAAAUAACUGGUCCACGUGUAUGAAUGCUCUGAUACAGUGAAAUUCUGUAAUUGCAACAGCCUGUCUGAAGCAGGAAUGAGGAACCCAGCCGUGAAGGCAUGAGGUUAAAGACAGUAUUGGUCCGAGAUCAACGUGGGUCACUACACGCCAUAACCCUGGCAACUACAGAACCUGUAGAGUACAAUCAUCCAGAUACAACAUGCACAAUUAAAACAGAUACAAGGUGGGGAAAGAUCGAUAAAAGUAUUGUUUUGCAUAUAUAUAAGCUUGUCAUUUUCUCAGUUCUAUACAAGGCUCAUUUUAAUAUUAGCUAGGUUAAUCAUAGCAAUGCAGAACAGAAAUAACCAGCCUUGGUUAGAAGAGUUAUUCAGAAUGAAUUAUGUAUGGAAAUUUUAACUUUCAGGACUUCCAUCUUUUUGUAAAAUAUCAGUGUUGUAUAACAAGUGUAAACAUGGGAAAAGAAAGGGAAGAGAGCGUUUGAUUUCCAGUGCUCUAGUAUUGUUUCACCGUUCUUAAUUCAGAUGAAUAUUGCUAUUUUUCUUCAUUAAAAUAGCUAGGUGUGGUACAUUUUUUUUGUGUUGAAUAUUCACAAUUAUAUGCUUAAAUCCUUUGUUUUCAAUUACUAAUUUGUUUUUCUCUAUAGGUGAUGUUUGGGCUGAGAUUUUUAAAUAGCAGGAUUACUCAAAUGUAAAAGGUGGUGUUUGUUUUUACAUAAUGUAUAGUAAAUAUUUCAUUUAUCUACUGUAAUAAAGUAAUGAAGUAAGCUUGUCAUCAAUUAAUUAUUAAUGGAAUUGCACAAACCACCAAGAAAGUCAAACGUAGUAAAAACUGUAUGUCGGGGGGGGGGGGGGGGACCUGUAUCAUUGCCUUCUUACAGUGUAUCGUUUUCUGAAUUUUUGUGUACUUGUAAUGU